AUAGUCAUUUGACCUUGAUCUUCAAAGAGAAAUCAUUUUUUUAUAUUUACUUUUCGUUUGCCAUUACAAGCAAAAAUAUGGUAAGAGCUGCAGUUUUACUCCCACAAGGUGCGGAAGAGAUGGAGGCAGUUAUUGUGCAAGAUGUCUUAAAAAGGGCUGAGUUCGACACGAUUUUGGUAAGUCUUGAUGAAGCAAAAAUGGUUACGUGUAGCAGAAAAGUUGGUAUUGCAGCCGAUAAAUGUUUAAAUGAGAUUGAAAAUGAAAUAUUUGAUAUUGUUGUCUUACCUGGUGGAUUGGUGGGAACUCAGAAUUUAAAAAAGUCUACGAAAGUGAAAAAUUUUGUGGAGACUCAUAUAAAAGCUAACAAAUAUAUUGGAGCUAUCUGCGCUGCUCCAUUAGUUUUAAAGGAGUUUGAAUUCUUUAAACAAAAGGAUGAACGAAAGUUUAGAGCAACCUACCACGAUUCGUGUGACAAUGAUCUCAAAGAUUAUUUCGAGAGACCUAAUGGGGAAGCCGUUGUUCUGGACGAUAAGCUAAUAACCAGCAAAGGACCAGGAACUGCUUUCGAUUUUGCAAUUAACAUAGUUAAACUCCUUAAACCAAAUGUUGUUAAUACGAUAGUUCCUCCAAUGAUGUUCGAAGGCGAGAAUAAGAUUUUCUUUGUAGAAAAUUAA